AUGCCAUGGCAGGAGGAGGACCAAGUGUUGUUCGAGUUCGUCGUCCUCCUCAAGGGUGACCCACUCGGCAUCCAGAGACUGUCGGACAAGUUCGCCGACUUCAUCGCCAGCAACGAGCCGGCUGUGACUGCAGAGCUGCAUCUGCAGGAGGCUGGCUGUGACUGCUACCGGUGGCCGAUGGACGUGCUCUUCGACGGGUUCGGCAAGAUGUACCUCCACACCGGCUGGUUGAAGUUCGCGCACUACCACGACCUUGAAGCCGACUGUGUGCUCACAUUCUCCUACCUCGGCGACGCGGAUAUGAGCGUCAAGGUGUUCGACGACACGCGCUGCCGCUGGCACUACCGUGGUGACAGCGAUGAGGAGGACAAUUAA